CAAUCUACCAUAAAACCCCUUCUUUCUUUCAUAGACUCAGACCAAACAACACAAGUUCGAAAAAAAUCUAAAUGUCUCCCACUACACAUAUCUCCCUUCUGGCCCUUCUCCUCAUCCUUUCUCUGGAUUCCCUUCACAUCGCCAUGGCUGCAAGGGUCAUUCCUCGAAGUGCUCCCAGCACAGUUACAAGGCCUCUCUUUUUAUCCGAAGCUGAAACUUAUCUGAAGCCACGUCUCGGUCACAAACACAGUGUCUUCCGUGAGGGACAGGUGAAGAAUUGCUUGCCAAAAGGGUAUAGGCAUAACUCGGCUCCGAGCAGAUUCGUCAACUAUGAUACUCUUGGUUCUAGUGGCUGUUCUGGAAUGCGUUUGGAGAAGCCACGAGGAUGAGGAUGAGGAUGAUGAUGAUGUCGUGGUGAAUGGAGAAGACUUUCGUUUCAGGUGUUUGUAAAUGGUCGCAAGAUGAGAAGAUUGUGUCGCUUUGCUUUGCAUUUUGUGAUUGAUAUUUGUUGCAAUUUUGAGGGAUGUGCAUAGGUAAGGUGAAAAUGUUAGUAUUCUUUUCUUGUUUUGUAUAGGUCAAUGUUUAAACAUUGACAGAACAUGAGAAACAGAGAAGAUGUUUUUGUUUUUACCAAGCCAUCAGCAUAUUUGCCAUGCAUGUAAUAACGCCAAAGGAACAUUAUAUACCAUGUACCACCCCAAUAGGGUGAUGUGAUAUUAUACUAUGUAAUGUUUUGCAUGUUAUCGUGAA